CGUCUAUCUCACGAAAAAGUCACAUCGGAGGUAUGCACCAAAAGGGGUCCCGACCAAAGCUCAAAUGUUUUCUUGCAUAAAUGAAAAAUGGCUAUUUCAGCAAUAAGAACCGCAGCGAGUCAAUCUUGUUCGGCGAGACACUGAUUAGAGAAAAAUCAUCGGCAGAGCAUCAAUUAGUGGAAAACGACCACACGCUUUGUAAAGCCGUUGAAGUUUCGUUAGCAGUGAGAAGACAAACCCAACCCAAAGAAGGUGAAGUAUGCCCAAAUCAACGUAGCAGCCUUUGGAUUUCAGAUCACUUGCAAGGCCGCUCUGGGAUAGAUUUACGUCACACGAACACGAGAGACUAGCCUUUCUAGCCCCGUUGUCACUCGAAACUUCCCAUCAAGGGGUAUUGUAUUCAUCGGAAGAAACAAAGCAAAGCCAAGCAUUGAUUGCAUUAACGACAUAUACAUCGGAGUAACAAGUUCAUCGUCACCAAAAGCAACAGUCACCUCGUCUCUGACGGCUAGAUUGCCAGGAUCAAUACAAUUGUACAAUCAUUCGAGCAAACUUAAAGCAUCGACGAACUUUUUUAUCGAACCAAUUUGCAACACACGGAGCAAUUGAAGAAGCUGCGUCGUGAAAAACUUAGCUGCUGCUCAAAUCGAGUCUCUCCCGCUGGACGGAUCCAGCUUUCGGGCAGCAGCACUUUCGAAGCAGCAAUCGCAACCAGGUGCAAAUUGGCGUAUUCAUCCUUCUCGGUAAACCAAUCAACCAAAUAACGAAACACGUCUUCUGCCAUUGAACGAACCAAUGGAAGAACAUCCACCGCAAGCACAUUUAAAGCUCAAUAACGGCGACCUUUGGCUCCCUGUAACUGUGACGAUGGACGACGAUGUUGCCAUCAAUAAUCCUCAAAACAAGAAUGGCACUGAAAGCAGCGGAGGCAGUGAUUCGGUCGGGGAACAGCAUCGACAAGCUGCACGCCUGCUCCAAGUUACUAUAAAAGGUAUUGAUACGGAAGAAAAGGAAGUGAUUGGUGGAACAGCUGUUGAUCAGAUUGCCACGGACAACAAUUUUUCCUCUUGUUCACCGGCACCUUCCAUCGGAGGACCGACUUCCACUCCCUCUAUUGCUGCUUCUGCGUCUGAAGAUAAUCCAACAGAAGUUGCGACGAAAGACGAAGAAAAUCUUGAUAAAAAAAUCGAAGAAGAGCGACAGCAGCUAAGCGAGAUCGAUCGCCAACGAGUGGAUUUCGAUAUGCGACGUAUUGGUGGAAAAAUUCAGAAUCAUCACCUUCAAAAAGCCAAUUCGAGCGUGGAUAGCGAAAUAAAAUUGGUGCCACCGCCUUCCGUCGACGUUGCAGCUUUGGCCAUGGAAUCAGACUCCCUUGGCCGUGAGCUCACCCGCUUGCUUGAAGAUCCCGACGAACAGAAGAUCAAUCCACUGUUCAAAUCUAUUGCGAAAGUCCUGUCGUCAGCUGAUUCCAGCAGCUUUUAUGCCAAUUCGAUUGGCUUUCGUGCAAAGCUUUUGCGGGCCGAGCACUAUGAUGUGAAGCGAGCCGCCAGACGCAUGGCCAGUUAUCUCACACUCUUGUGGGAAUCCUUUGGUGAAGAACUCCUGGGGCGCCCUAUUCGCUUGUCCGAUUUGAGUGCCACCGAACGGCAGCUCCAGAGAAAGGGAUAUCAACAAAUCUUUCGUUUUCGGGAUCAAUCCAAGCCCGCACAACAAGGCCAGAGUGGCCCAGGCCAUGAUCACGGUAUAGAUACCGAUGCUGGCCGACGCAUAGCGGGAUCUUUUGAUUUGUGUAGGUGCACCAGCACCGGCGAACCGGCUAUUCAGAACGAAACAUCUAUGGUGCGUGACUUUUGGAUUUUUUCUGCGUGUCCGUUUCAGAUAGUUUGCACGAGUGGAGGAGGGUCUGAUCUCUGUCCCAUAGUAUUUACUUCCUCAUCCGCCUUACCAUUUUUUGUGUCAUUAUUUCGUUCUGUUUUUUCGCUUUAAAUAUUUGUGCGUCAGGUUCGAGUUGCGUUGUAUUUAAUGCAAGUCGCAUCGGACGAUGAAGAAACACAAAAACAGGGGAUUGUCUUCAUCUUUAUGCUAGCACUUCGUGCUGUCUUGGGGAAAUCGGGACCAUUCACAGGAUCCACAUCAUCAGCUAUAAAAUCAACAUCAUUGGGGGCAGCAAUCACAUCAAAACCAUCAUCGCCAUCUGCAUCAUCGUCUACAUCGAUACAACGAACUGAAAGCGAGAAUAUUUUCGCCAACGAUUCGGCUUCAGAUUCUGACCCACAGCUUAAAGAGCAGCAACAAGACAUUUUGGAGUUUGACCCGCAUGAACGGUCCCAUCAACACAAUCACACAUUGACCAGUCUUCGAAUUCUUUCAAAACUAUUUCGUUGCGGCCCGGUGCGGGUUGCAGCAAUCCACGUUUGCUCCCCGAAUCGGCCGGAAUUGGACCUCAUCAAAUCGGAGUUGCUCGAGGCAUUUCAUCCGUUUGAGCGCACCCGGACCAGAUUUCACAAUGGGACGUCGAUGGAAUGUUCUCUAUCUCUCAACAAGGCAGGGAUACCAACAGACCGACUCCCUCUCAAAUACGAUGGGACUAUCAAGACAGAAGAUCACUUGCAAUGGAUUGCAAUACAAGAAGCUAAAGAAUUGGCGUCCAAGCAAAAUCGAUCCUUCAAAAUUGUGGAAUGCCCAUUGAACAUGGAUAUCUUGUCCGGUAAGUUGUUGCCAUUGCAUUUCAAAAAUUUUCUCAUCACCACUACAGUUACGAGUGACUAUUCCUUACUUAUUAUUGAAUUGAAAAUGAACAUUCAUAUUACUCAACAUUAUUCUUACGAUGCUUUCCUCCCGCUAUUACUUUGGCUUUUAUGCGCUUGUUUGUUGCUUCGCUCUAUGUAAAGGCCGGGGACAAUUGGUACGCAGCCAUCCUGGUAAUGUUUCCUUUCGUAAGGAUUUCAUUCGGGCUAGAUCUGCCCGCUAUGACAUGGCUGCCAACCGGGAACAAAAGAAUGCGAUUGCAAACGAAAUCUUGGAAGAUAUUUCAAACCUUCGGCGCCAUUUUUUGAAGCAGCACCAAGGGGCGGGUUACUGGAUGGAACUGGAUUCAAAAACCGCGAAGGAAAAGGUUAUGAUGGCCUUUCGUGAGUUCCGCAAGUCACAGCGUAGUCAGCAGCAGCAACAGCUGGAAAAAAAGCGUCACUUGCAGCAGCAGCAGCAGCAGAGGGCGUCCCCACCGGCCUACCAUGUCCAUCCUUCUCAACCCGCCGUGCCCAUGUCGAUGCGACAACAUUUAUCAUCGCAGUGCCAAGUAAAGAGGACAUCAUCUUCGUUGGCUCAUUCUCAAGCGCAACAGCGUACUACCUCUUCGUCGCUAUCGCAGCAGCAGUCGCCUAAGCAGGACCACGAACACCACCCGAUGAAUUCCCACCAGAUGCCUCCGCAACAGCAACAACAACAAGAUCACGAAUACCACUAUCGAUCCUAUUCCGCUGCUGUCAAUCCUACGGCAGCCGGAGGAGUAGCCGGAGAUGRGACACUUCCAAGGAGCGGUAGCAGCAACAGCAUGCUAUAUCAUUCUCAGGAUCAAAUGGCUGCGCUUCAGCAGCAACAUCAUCCGGUUCCACCGGCGUUGGCCUAUUAUCCUCCUCAUCCCCCGAUUCCGCCCCACCUUCACCAUCCGUAUGGGUAUCCAACCCAUCCACUUCCUCCUCAUUUGCCUCCUCCUCAUCACUUUCCACCUCCCCAUCUUGUCCAUCCCCCACAGGAAACUCCUAGGGUGCGGACGGGUCCAGAUUGGAAGGAGCAAGAUGGCAACAGCAGCACUCCCCCAACGGACAACACCAGCGGAGAUAGGAAUCGGCUAGAAGCGGCAACGGCCAUGGGGUUCAUGGGCGGACCCUCAGCGGCACUCUCGCCGACUCCCGUAACCUACCAUCGCCACCAUCAGCAUCUCGCUGCAAUCUCGACGGAACUAGAGCCCCAUUCAUCGUCCAAGCAAAGUUCUUCUCAGUUUCGGCAGCAACAUCUGUCGCGACAACAAGCACCAGAACAGCGCCGUGGCGGUGCCAACGGUGGAAGUGUUGAAGAUUCUAGUGAACCGCACCAGCCCUACAAACGCUUCCGAACAUCUUGAUAAGGAAUGUUGCGAUGGUAUGUCGUGGCAUGUCAUGGAAACGAUCGAGAAACCCUUUCAAACUGCUGAACACUCUGCACAGGAACGUAAACUCCAACAGUUGGGCAUCUGUGCUGCUCUGGCCAGUCUUACAUCAAACAAAUCUUUCCUUCCUCGCUAUCAAUAAUCAAUAUUUCUACAU